UCUCUCUCUCUCUCUCUCUCUCUCUCUCUCUCUCUCUCUCUCUCUCUCUCUUUUCUUUCUUCCAGCUAUGUGUAAAAACAAUCAAACAAGUACUCACAGCGGGCAUAGCACCUGUCUACCCAUCGUACCCGUCGGCAAGGGGUUAAGAACAAAGAAAACGGCAUCAAGCACGUACUGAAAGAAACCGAGCCCCUGUUCCCUUGAGUGAGUUGCCUGCCUUUCUGCGCAAGGGAGGACAGGGCGUCAGUCAGCCACUGGAAGGGACAGUGAGCUCUCCCGGCGACAGGAUGGCUUCGGCUCCACUCGGCUCAGGAGUCGACGUCAAGGAAGAGCCGGGCGAAGACGCUUGCCUGGAGAUCAAGGAGGAACCCCUUGAUGAUGCAGAAGAGGCGAGGAACGAGGGGCGUGACGCGAAGGCGAUGGAAGAAGGCCGUUUUCCCGACCUCCGCGAUCCGAGACACGGAGCAGAAGACGCGUGGAACGGGGCUCGGGACCGUAAGGGCGCGUUGGAAGUGCCGUUCGGGGCCGAGGACCGUGGGAAGACGUGCUCGCCUGACGGGGUUCGGGCGACGUGCGAGGGGAGACUGCAGGAGGAAGAGACACGGCCAGGAGUGGAGUCGGAAAGCGAUCCAUUCAGGGACGUUGGUGUACAUACAAAUGAGAAGCCCUACAGAUGCGAGAUUUGUAGGAAGGCCUUCCCUUAUAAAUCUGCUUUUUUGAACCACAUGAUAAUGCAUACUAAUGAGAAGCCCUAUUGCUGUGAACUUUGCAACAAGGCCUUCUCACGGAAACAUAACCUGACGAAGCACAAGAGAAUGCACAUGAAGGGCGAGUCAUACAGCUGCGAGAUCUGCAACAAGGCUUUUACCGAGAGAGGUCAUCUUGCAACGCACAUCAGAGUGCAUACAAACGAGAAGCCAUUCCGCUGCGAGAUCUGCAACAAGGCUUUCUCGUAUAAGUCAAGUUUUUUAGACCACAUGAUAAUGCAUACAGAGGAGAAGCCACACAACUGCGAGGUCUGCAACAAGGCCUUCGCGCGGAAAUAUGGUCUGGCGAGGCACAUGAGGGUUCAUACAAAGAGGAAGUCGUAUACCUGCAAGAUUUGCAACACGACCUUUUCCGAGAGAGGUCAGCUUGCGGCGCAUAUUGGAGCACAUAGAAAGGAGAAGCCCUACAGAUGUGAGAUUUGCAGCAGUUCCUUCUCAUGGAAACAGAAUCUAGUGAAGCACAUCAGAGUACAUACAGAGGAGAAGCCAUUCAGCUGCGUGAUUUGCAAUAAUGCCUUUCUCAAACGAGGUCAUCUCGUGACGCACAUGCAAGCUCACAGAAGGGAAAAGUCGCACAGCUGUGAGAUUUGCAACAAGAACUUUUCGCAUAAAACCAGUUUAGUGAGUCACAUGAGAGUGCAUACAAAGGAGAAGCCAUUCAGCUGUGAGAUUUGCAACAAGAGCUUUUCACAUAGAACGGGUCUUAGGAGUCAUCUGAGAUUACAUACAAAGGAAAAGCCCUUCAUCUGUGAGAUUUGUGACAAGGCUUUUUCACAGAAAAAUAAUCUAGUGAGUCACAUGAGAGUACACACUAAGGAGAAGCCGUACAGCUGUGAGAUUUGCGGCAAAGCCUUUGCGCACAAAAACAGUCUGGUGAGUCAUGUGAGGGUGCAUACAAAAGAGGAGCCAUACAGGUGUGAGAUUUGUGAUAGGCCUUUUUCACAGAAAAAUAAUCUAGUAACUCACAUGAGAGUACAUACAAAGGAAAAGCCGUACAGCUGUGAGAUUUGCGACAAGGCCUUCGCGCAUAGAAUUAGCCUAGUAAUCCACAGGAGAGUGCAUACAAAGGAGGAGCCACACAGCUGAUAGAUUUACAAGAAGAAAAAAAAUCUUGUAAGUAAGGCAUACAAAAAUUAAGCCAUAAAACUGUGACAUUUUCUACAAGGCUUUGUCAUAGAACUAGUCCAGUGAUCCACAGGAGAGUACAUACAAAGGAAAAGCCAUAUAGAUAUUUGAUUCGCAAUAAUGCAUUUUUAUGGAAACAAUGACGAAGCACAUGAGAGUGCAUACAAAAGAGAAGCCUUGUAUGAAAUUAAACCUCACAGUAUCUUUACCUGAGGCCACACGUGAGAGUACAUACAAAAGAUAACGUAAGCAAUCGUAAGAUUUAGAAUAACAUUUUGUAUAUAUAUUAAUUAGGACAUGAAGGUCACAAGCCAUCUAAUAGUUAGAGGGAAUGCUUUUCUUGACAUGAAUAGGGCAGAAUUGUUCAAAAUUUAGGAGAAUCUCUUUAUAUUUAUUACAUAGAAUAUUCUUAAUGUGUAGUUCGUUAAUAACCAUGAACUUUUAUGCAUUAUGACUUGCAUUUAAGUCUCCAUAGAAUAUUUUCUGUUGGUAAACUCGUGUCACUGAUCAAAGGCAGUCGGAAAACAGCUACUGCUAUGUUUUGCUGACUGCCUAUAAAGAUGCAUUGGGUUUUAUCGGAAUUUAGAUUGAGGCCGUUGUUGUCAAAAUACAUCUUUGCUUCUGUAAGAGUC